CAGAACAGUUCUACACUUUUAAACCUCUUGCCGCGUGCCUUUUACAAAUUACAUUCACAUUUCGCUUGUCUUGUCAGUUUGCUCUUAAUAUUCGGAAUCACAAUUUUUUCCGCGGCAGUAAAUGGAUGUCUUGUUCGUCACUAGAGAAGUUUGGCGCCACAUUCGUUUGAUGUUCUUUUCGCCACUGUGACUUGCUGACGCCUGGACUGAAAGAGGCUGCUUCUUCCCUUUGUUGCCGGGGUACUGUCUCCCGCCACAGGCAAGGCAAACUCAUCACCUACUUUAUGAAGUUUCUUUGGCAAGAACCCAAGCUGAACCAAAAUCCAGAUGAGGAAGUCAACUGUGUGUGUGUAACAGAGCCCUACUUAGAGUAGAGCACCCAACUGCUUGAUCAUGUUGAUUGAGACCUCCUCAUCAGAGGAGAGCAGCUCGGAGGAAGAGUAUGUUCCUCGGAGCACAGGCCAACGCAGCAGCUCUCAAGGCACCUCCAGAGGAAAGGGCAGACUUUCUCAGGGUAGCAGUCAGCAAGCUUCCCAGACAGAAAGAGGUAGCAUAAGUCAAGCCAGUAGCAGUCAAGCUUCAACAGAUGUGAGUCAGGCUGAGCUUGCACGAUGUGCAGGGCUUGUGGCCAACUACUUUCUGGCUGCCGAGUGCAAAAAGGUACCCGUGAAGAGAAGUGACUUAACGAAGGUAGUAGGCAAGCAACACAGUCGCCGUCUGCCUGUCAUCGUACAACAGGCCUCAUCAAUGCUGGAAAAAGUGUUUGGAUAUAAAAUUCAUGAACUAGGGCAGCGCAAAGCAAGCUACAUUUUGCUGAACAAACUGGCCCCGCCCAUCAACUGCACCACAGGUCCUGACAGCAACACUAAUGAUGCUGACGACGCUGACCAGGACAGAGACCAGAGUGCAUUGUUAGGAAUGGCAGAUGAACCUGGCAACGAAAGCGAUGGCCUUAUGUUCGUCAUUCUUGCUGUCAUCUUUAUGAUGGGAGGCGUUGUUGAAGAAGUGACGCUGCUGUCCUUCCUCAAGUGCCUUGGCGUCUACGUUGAGAGCGCCGACAGUCAUCCUGUCUUCGGCAGCUGCAAAAAACUUCUCGAUGAUUUGGUGCGCCAGGAUUUCCUGGAGGUGCUGGUGCAGAAGGACGUGGAGCCGCCGCGCAAGGAUUACUCGUGGGGCGAGCGCGCUCACCUACAGCUCUGCAAACGCACCUUGCUGCAGUUUGUCUGCAAGAUAUAUGGAGGAGGGAUGCGGCCUGAAGACUGGACAGAUCACUGGAGCAAGAUCGUCAGUUCCACUUCGGGUGGUGGCAACAGCGCUGAAAGUAUGGACGUGGACACUUCUUAGCAAGACGCUCACGACGACCAGGGAGGAUUGAACGUCUCUGAUAAAAAGACGAGUGGCGUGCCCUGGUCUAUUUCAUGUAUGAGUGGCGUGAGAGUUAAAAGAUGGAAGGUAAUCGGUGUCUCCACUCAUAACUGACAUAAAGGCUGAGCGAGGGGAUGAGUGUGUGUGGUGUUAAAAAAAGUACCAGUGUCUCAAAGUUGACAGUGAAUUAGCAUUGGGGAUUGAUUAUAGUUGAUCUCAUAUUCACGGGACCAAACAGCACUAUGAAUGUCUCGUAGAAUUUCCGUGGCCUUGCCCUCUUCCCUGCCUGUAACUUUGUUGUAUUAAUAAUUAUCUCUAAGGUUAGUUCGUACCCAAUGCAGUGUUUGUUUUUGUGUACAUAUACUGAUCGAUAUUAUAGACAUUAAUUCUUAGGUGGCAACUCUGCCUCAAGGAGGAUAAUAUGUUUAGUAAUAAAUGACCACAUGUUUGCAAACUAAUAACCCGGAUAAAACGGCCAAGGUCUGGUCUAAGUCUUCUUGUUUAAGGUUAAGGCCUUGAUCAAGACAUUGCAUGUCUCUUGAUGGUCGCUUCAGAGCUCCGAACGCUCAUUCUGACGCAGGUGUCAUUUGAUCAUGCAUCAAUACGUUGCUUUGCUACUUAUCUUAUUCGUAAUGAUCUGACUGUCAUGUCCUUGACAACAUGGCUGAUGUUCUCGUGCCACCAUUGCUGCAGGUUAGGAGCCUCUGCCCCGUUUCCUCUGAUAGGAAUUUUUACAAUCAUAAGCACCACAUUCCCACACUUAAUAUUUUCAGUAUACAUUUAUUUACUAUUGAUAAGUAAAUGUGCUAGUACAA